AUGUCAUACGUUGACAACCUCUCAGGCCAAUUUGGCCAACUCGGAAUCGGAGGUGGCCGGCCAGGCUCUCAGCCCUACCAGUCUCACUCUCCAAGUCAAGACCAGCAUGGGGGAUAUGGCUACCAUGCCCCAAGCGAUUAUAGGCCUCCUCCUGGGCCUCCUCCUGGGCAAUAUGAUGCUCCUCCUGGGCCUCCUCCUACUAGAUAUGACGCUCCUCCUGGGCCGCCUCCUGGGCACUAUGAUGCUCCUCCCGGACCGCCUCCUGGACACUAUGACGCUCCUCCUGGGCCGCCUCCUGGGCACUAUGAUGCUCCGCCUGGACCUCCUCCUACUAAAUAUGAUGCUCCUCCUGGGCCGCCUCCUGGGCACUAUGAUGCUCCGCCUGGACCUCCUCCUACUAAAUAUGAUGCUCCUCCUGGGCCGCCUCCUAGGCAGUAUGACGCCCCUCCUCAGCCUUCAUCUGAUAGGCCGCCUCUUCCUCAAGGAUGGGUUUCUCAUUUCGACCAGAGUUCUGAGCGAUGGUCUUAUAACAACCCAGAGACAGGAACAACUCAAUUCGAGUUCCCUCUUUUUAAUCCUCCAUUCCAACCUCCGUCUCAUCAACCCCCUCUUCCCCCAGGAUGGACUCCUCAUUUUGACUACAGAUACCAGCGGUGGUUCUACGUCAACCGAGAGGCCGAAAUAGUUCAGUGGGAGGCGCCUGGAUACGAUAAUCUUCAAACUCACCCAGAGCCAUUUCCGAGUCACGAUUCACGCGACGGUGGCUCUUCGCCGUAUCCCUCUGUAGCUGCUCAUGGACAAAUGUCAGGAGGCUAUUCAGCUCCUCCAGGCCCCCCUCACUCCGCCUCUUAUGGUAGCCCUCCAGUGCUUCCAACAGGCUAUGGUGUGCCUUCAGGAUCCGGGCAGUAUAGCGGCUAUGAUGGCGAAAAUCACGGCAGAGAGGAGAAACAGAAAAAAUCUUCCGGAAACUCUGGCUUGUUGCUCGGCGCAGCUGGUGGUGUCGCCGCUGGGCUUGUGGGAGGUGCUCUUUUACAUCAUGCUCUGGAAGAUGACAGCAGUGAUGAAGAGAGAGAGCGCCCACAUUACGUCCCACCUCCACCUGUAAUUGUUGAUGAAUAUCGCAACGAGUACAGUUACAACAAUGAUCUCCCCACGAGAGACGCAGAGGGAAAUUAUGUGUCUGAGAGUGAUCGGGAGUCGGUCGAAGAGGCGCGAGAGAGAUAUGAAGAGGCUCUUCACGAUGUUGAAGAUUCCAGUAGCCCUAGUAGCAGCGACUAUGAAGAGUUAGAAGAGGCUAGGGAGGAAUACGAAGAAGAGUAUGAGGAAACGUAUGACGAUUAA